UUGACAACAGGAGCAGUAGACGGGUAUUCAUUCACUGUGAAUACCAAACUAACAGACUGUGUAUUGAGUGAGAGUGCAUCAUUACCCCUUGAAGAAUUGAACUAACGUUGAAAGAUGCAGUUCAUGCUGCUGUUCAGUAGGCAGGGGAAGCUGCGUCUCCAGAAGUGGUAUGUUCCUCUGUCUGAUAAGGAGAAGAAGAAGAUUACCAGAGAGCUGGUCCAGACGGUUCUGGCUAGGAAACCAAAGAUGUGUUCAUUUCUGGAGUGGAGAGACCUCAAGGUUGUUUACAAGAGGUAUGCCAGCCUGUAUUUCUGCUGUGCCAUAGAGAACCAGGACAACGAGCUGAUCACACUAGAGAUCAUCCACAGAUAUGUGGAACUACUGGAUAAGUACUUUGGCAGUGUGUGUGAGCUGGACAUCAUAUUUAACUUUGAGAAGGCCUACUUCAUCCUGGAUGAGUUCUUGCUGGGAGGAGAGGCUCAGGACACGUCUAAGAAGAAUGUACUAAAGGCUAUAGAACAAGCUGACCUACUGCAGGAGAUCCAGAAUGAGGACUGGGGAGGUUUACCUAAUGAGGAGAUCUUAUAGCGGACUGGAGUACUUCCCCUUUACACCAGGUCCUGCUGGCCCCGUCAUGAGUACUUUAAUGUGCCUGUGUACUAAACGUCCACUACUGCUGUCAGCUGCUGUCACCACUCCUCUGCAUGCGGAGCCCCUCCCCCCCAGCACAUGGUCCCUCCAGCACCUGGCUCCUCAUCCUCAGCCCCCUAAAGCGCCAUGCUUUACCAACUGAUCCACACAGGACUACGGCUACAUCGUCAGAGGUCAAAGGUCAUUGGUCUACAUUUUCAGUUUCUCACAUACUUCAUCAGCUGAUUCCACUGUUUGUUGUCUAUCUGAAGAGGCCAUGGUUUACUGUGUAUAAUACAACGGGUGGGUCUAAUCCUGAAUGCUGAUUGGUUAAAUCUGCAUUCCAGCCGGUCUAUUCCACAAGUGAAUACCGGCAAAAUCUAUGCCGUUAAAAUGCCUAUUUACUCUGUUACAUCUGACUGCGCAUUCCACUGUCUCAUCAGCCCAGCCAGGCAAUUUAUAAACUUGAUCUCCACUAUAAAAAGCAUCUAGACAUUAUCUCACAUUUCCUUUAGACUAACAUUUAGUUUUAACAGUGGAGAUUUGUAUCAACGUUGCUGUCUGUCUCUCAGACAUUUGCAACAUUGUUUCAAUAUUCAAAUUCAAUCUCCAGCUGUCCAAUAGUAAUGAAGGUGUCGGGUGUCGGGAUGAGACAGACAGGCAGGCAGCUUUUCUCAGCCAGUCAAAAUCAUGAAUCAGCAUCAUUUUUAUGGAUACAGUUGAAGUCUGAAGUUUACAUACAGUUAGGUUGGAGUCAUUAAAACUCGUUUUUCAACCACUCCACACAUUUGUUUAUAACAAACUAUAGUUUUGGCAAGUCGGUUAGGACAUCUACUUUGUGCAUGACACAAGUAAUUUUUCCAACAAUUGUUUACAGACAGAUUAAUUCACUGUAUCACAAUUCCAGUGGGUCAGAAGUUUACAUACACUAAGUUGACUGUGCCUUUAAACAGCUUGGAAAAUUGCAGAAAAUGAUGCCAUGGCUUUAGAAGCUUCUGAUUGGCUAAUUGACAUAAUUUGAGUCAAUUGGAAGUGUACCUGUGGAUGUAUUUCAAGGCCUACCUUCAAUCUCAGUGCCUCUUUGCUUGACAUCAUGGGGAAAAUCUAAAGAAAUCAGCCAAGACCUUAGAAAGUCAUCCUUGUGAGCACUUUCCAAACACCUGAAGCUACCACGUUCAUCUGUACAAACAAUAGUAUGCAAGUAUAAACACCAUGGGACCACGCAGCCGCCAUACCGCUCAGGAAGGAGACACGUUCUGUCUCCUAGAGAUGAACGUACUUUGGUGCGAAAAGUGCAAAUCAAUCCCAGAACAACAACAAAGGACCUUGUGAAGAUGCUGGAGGAAACAGGUACAAAGGUAUCUAUAUCCAUAGUAAAACAAGUUCUAUAUCGACAUAACCUGAAAGGGCGCUCAGCAAGGAAGAAACCACUGCUCUAAAACCGCCGUAAAGAAGCCAGACUACGGUUUGCAACUGCACAUGGGGACAAAGAUCUUACUUUUUGGAGAAAUGUCCUCGGGUCUGAUAGAACUGUUUGGCCAUCGAUAUGUUUGGAGGGAAAAAAGGGAGGUUUGCAAGCCGAAGAACACCAUCCCAACCGUGAAGCACAGUGGUGGCAGCAUCAUGUUGUGGGGGUGCUUUGCUGCAGGACGGACUGGUGCACUUCACAAAAUAGAUGGCAUCAUGAGGAUGGAAAAUUACGUAGAUAUAUUAAAGCAACAUCAAGACAUCAGUCAGGAAGUUAAAGCUUGAUCACAAAUGGGUCUUCCAAAUGGACAAUGACCCCAAGCAUACUUCCAAAGUUUUGGCAAAAUGGCUAAAAGACAACAAAGUCAAGAUAUUGGAGUGGCCAUCACAAAGCCCUGACCUCAAUCCCAUAGAAAAUGUGUGGGCAGAACUGUGCGAGCAAGGAGGCCUACAAACCUGACUCAGUUACACCAGCUCUGUCAGGAGGAAUGGGCCAAAAUUCACCCAACUUAUUGUGGGAAGCUUGUGACCCAAGUUAAAAUUGAAAGGCAAUGCUACCAAAUACUAAUUGAGUGUAUGUGAGCUUCUGACCCACUGGGAAUGUGAUGAAAUAAAUAAAAGCUGAAAUAAAUCAUUCUCUCUACUAUUAUUCUGACAUUUCACAUUCUUAAAAUAAAGUGGUGAUCCUAACUGGACUAAGACGGGGAAUUUUUACUCUAAUUAAAUGUCAGGAAUUGUGAAAAGGUGAGUUUAAAUGUAUUUGGCUAAGGUGUAUAUACAUUUCAGACUUCAACUGUAUAUACAAAGAACUAUCAAUAGAAAACAGGUAAAAUGAAUGAAAGUGAAGCUAGUUUAUCUUUCCUGAUUUGGUUUGAAGUUAUUGUGUUAGCUGUCUUGUUGGCUCCUCUAAACAACAGUGUCCUGACGAGAGAGCACAUUUUCUACACCAGGUGAAAUUGCCCAUCAUUAGCUCAGUGUUAUGGAUGUAUCCAAAUAAAUGUCAUUAGAAAACAGCUUAAACAAAUGCAAAUGCACCUCCUUUGUUGUUAUUCUGGUUGCACUGUUUGACGUGACUGUAAGUUAGCCGUAGUUGGCUAGCUAGAAAGCAAGGGAGAAGAACGUUGCUAGCCAGUAUGGAACAUUUAGAACGAACGACUGGGAUACGUCCAUAGAUACAGAACAAAAAGACUGAACGACUGGGUCGCGUCUCUGGCAACCGAACCGAUAGAUCGAACGACCCGGCGGCUUGGGUAGCAACCGUUGAUUUGUCUCAGGACUAUAUCUUAUUGAAGGAUGAAAUAGUAUGAAUAAAUUCAUUAAAAUAAAGUUAAUGAAAACAUGUCUAUCAUUUAUUUGAAUAUGUUGGUAAACCUUUGUAUAAAAGUGAUAGUUCCUUUGAAGCUGGUGUUUGGAGGAUAUAUUGGCAUGGUUUGCUGGGCCUAACGACACCCGUGCCACUAUACCCUCCAACCACUGGCUUUUCUGGCAUUAUCACUAAAAUGUUGAUACAUUCUCCUGUCUCUGAAGAGUCCAUGGUUUGCUGGGCCUAACGACACCCGUGCCACUAUACCCUCCAACCACUGGCUUUUCUGGCAUUAUCACUAAAAUGUUGAUACAUUCUCCUGUCUCUGAAGAGUCCAUGGUUUGCUGGGCCUAACGACACCCGUGCCACUAUACCCUCCAACCACUGGCUUCUCUGGCAUUAUCACUAAAAUGUUGAUACAUUCUCCUGUCUCUGAAGAGUCCAUGGUUUGCUGGGCCUAACGACACCCGUGCCACUAUACCCUCCAACCACUGGUUUCUCUGGCAUUAUCACUAAAAUGUUGACACAUUCUCCUGUCUCUGAAGAGUCCAUGGUUCCCUGUGUAAUGUUGAUACAUUCUCCUAGAAGAGUCCAUGGUUCCCUGUGUAAUGUUGAUACAUUCUCCUAGAAGAGUCCAUGGUUUACUGUGUAAUGUUGAUACAUUAUCCUGUCUCUGAAGAGUCCAUGGUUCACUGUGUAAUGUUGAUACAUUCUCCUGUCUCUGAAGAGUCCAUGGUUCACUGUGUAAUGUUGACACAUUCUCCUGUCUCUGAAGAGUCCAUGGUUCACUGUGUAAUGUUGACACAUUCUCCUGUCUCUGAAGAGUCCAUGGUUCACUGUGUAAUGUUGAUACAUUCUCUAUUAAAAUACAAAGUUAAUAUUG